CUUUGGCGCCAAGGUUUUGGGCCGUGACGCAAUUGGGGAUGGCCCAUUUCUAUGUAUGAGGGAGCAAAAAGUGUUCAGAGAAAAUGUAUCUUCUCACUUUUUCUGUCUAUGCCUAGGAUUUUGUUGCAGAUAAAAAGCCUCUAAUUUUUUUCUCUCUAGGUCCAGGGUUUUGUUACAGAGGAAAGGUGUAAUUGUGAAUCUGGUUUCAAAUCGAAAGGAAGCAAAUGGGUGUUGUGAAACGCACGAGGCUCCAAAACAUUGAAGAAAACAAGCCAAGAAAAGCAAUACAAGGUUCUGUGAAGAAAGAAGAAGAAGAAGAAGAGAGGAUAGAUGGUGUUGUGAAGAAGGGCGAAGAAGGGAUGACAGAGUACGAGCGCAGGAGGGUUGAAAACAUAGAAAGAAACCAGCGGAUGCUUGCCUCUCUUAACGUCCAAUCCCUCCGAUCCUCUGUUGCUACAAAGCAUCCCAGGGUGGAGCCCAAGGGCUAUAAGAAAAUCCCAGAAAGGAAACAGGUCCCUAUUGUUCUUCGAAGGUCUCUUAGAACUGGAGGGAUCCCACCUGAUGCAUCUUCAGCCAAGGGCGGCCAUGAUGACAUGCCUUGUAUAGACCAUCUCUCAUCAUCUUCUUCUACCUCAGUGCCCAUUAAGAAAAGAAUGGGUUCUUUCACCAUGGGAGAGGUUUAUGAGAGCAAAAAAUUUGAUGUUUCAGAUAACCAUUUCAUUGACACAGUAAUCGGCCUUUCUGAUAAGUCCCCAUUAUCAAGAAUUGGGGUGAAAAAAGUUGAGGCUUUUGAGGUUGGGCAAUUGAGAUUGAAAGCUGACAAUGUUGCAAGGUUAGUACCUGGAAGAAUUUUGAGUUUGGGGUUUUUCCCAUGUCUUGAGAGGACAGUUGUGGUGGCUGGGGACAAGCUUGGUUAUGUGGGUUUUUGGGAUACUGAUGACAAAGAAGGGGAUGGGGUUUACACAUAUUGUCCUCAUUCGGCCGCCGUUUCAGGUGUUGUGGUUCGGCCAUUUCAUCUCACAAAGAUCUUCACCAGCAGCUAUGAUGGGUCUAUCAGGCUGAUGAAUGUCGAAGACGGAAAUUUUGAUAUGAUUUACCAUUGUGAUGAUGAGGUUUUUGCUCUUUCAACUCAGACUUGUGACAUGAAUUCCUUAUAUUUUGCUGAGGGUCAAGGGGAAUUGAAGGUUUGGGACGAGAGAACAAAAGGCAUCUCAAACUCAUAUUCCUUGCAUUCUCGAAGGAUUAACACUAUAGAUUUUAAUCCAGAAAACGACAACAUAGUGUGCACGAGCUCCAAUGAUGGGGAAGCUUGCAUUUGGGAUCUUAGAUGUAUCAGAGAUGAUCCAUUACAAAAAGUAAAGCAUCAAAAGGCUAUUCUUUCUGCAUUCUUUUCCCCUACUGGACAAUAUCUUGCUACAACAAGGUGCAAUGAGGCAAAGCGGUACUCGAACUCCAAUCUCAAGAGAGAGGGUUAUAAAUAUGGGUGCAGUUGGCAAACAGAUGCAUCCGUAGCAGCAGAGCUAUGGUGGAGAGGUAGAAGUAAGGCAUUGACGAAAUUGAUGAAAGAUGUACCCCAGGAUUGUUGAUGGAUCCUUCUCUUGAAUCUAAGAGUUGUUGCAGUUUCCCAAAGUCCUAAUAUUGAGAACUUGCAUUUCGAGAUUAUAUACCUAGUCAGAAGAUAGAGAAAUUGCGCAAUGAUGCAGAAGAAGAAUCUCUUACUUUGUAAGACCUAUUUUUUCCACUGAAUUGGAAAGGUGAUGUGGUAUCUUCAUGAAGAGAUUAAGUCUAGAAGAUUGUAAGCAAAUAAUGUUUUACCGUAUAAGACAUAUUGUUUCCACUGAAUUGGAAAGGUGAUGUGGUGUACUUCAUGAAGAGAUUAAGUCUAGAAGAUUGUAAGCAAAGAAUGUUAGUGGGUCCUUUCUUGAGAGCUAAGGGAUGUCAAGGGUCCCAAAGUGCUAAUAUUGGGACCUAGCUUUCCUAGAUCAUACUCCACAUGCAGAAAAUAAAGUAGUUUUGUACAAUGAUGCAAAUGAGUUAAAAAAGAAUUUCAUAACUAGAAAUUUUCUUACAGUUAAAGUUGUCCAGAUGCUGUGUAAGUUUGUAUUUAAUGUAUUUAAAACUUUUUAAGGGUCAUUUAUAAACCUUGAAUCAGAUGCUUGGAUUUUCAUAUAAAGUAAAAUUGCAGACUGUUGUUUAAUGAGUAAUUAACCAUAUUGCAUGCCUAAAUUGUUAAUGGCUCUGUAUUUGUCAAACUUUUGAUUAGAUAAUAACAUUUCUUGAACUGUUUAACUCUAAUUUUCAUAUAAGGGAGAGCCACAAUCUCCUUCAUUGUGCUUAAUAGCUUGCACUUCAUUGCCACCCAACAUUUUAUUGGAUGAUGAUUGCUCUGCUUUGGACGAUGGCUUUCCGAGUCCAUUGGAUUGUAUUGUACUUUCUUGCUUCUCACUUUUACAUACUGACUCUAUAUGUAUAUUAUCAUCAUCAUCAACCGAGCCUUGUCCCAACUAUAUGGGAUGGACUAAAUAAAUCUUGUUUCUUCCAUUCUUCUCUAUCAAGGGUAUACCUUCAGUAAAACCAUAAGCCACCAUAUCUCUUCCCACUACUUUCAUUCAUGUUCUUUUGGGUCUUCUCCUUGUCCUUUUAGAGCUUUCAACUUGAACCAAACCGCAAAUCCUAACCAGUGUUGUAUUUGAAAGUUGGAUAGGGUGAACUAGCAUGGUGUAUGCGGUUUUUAAUUUUUCUCUUUUCUACUGGCUAAACACUUACUAGGUUCCAAAUACAAAAUAAACUCAAAAUAAACAAAAGAUGAAUUACAAAAUAGAUUCUCACUUGCUGCCUUUUAAUAAAACUCUCUUGUUUCAAUAACAAAAAUCCAUAAGACUUGGUUGGGAUCAAGAAACACAAACUGCAUAAACAGAAAACAAUGUGCCAAAAGAUGACCUCAAUUGGACUUGAUACACCCUACUCCGGGUCUCCUUCUCCCAUGGCUCAGGGGAUCAAGGUCUUUCUAAAAUCUUAUAAGUAUGGGAAGUCUAGGCUAUGAACCCUUCAAUCACAGAGAGCAAAGUGGAACAAAACUAGGCUUAGGUAUUGCAUGGGGCUCACCUACUCAAAGCUCAAGAACUGGGGCGUGCCCCCUCUUUCUUUUUCUUACAAAAUAUUUCUAGCUCUUAGAGAGCUCUAGAGAGAGAUGAGAGAGAGGGUAGCGUGCCACCUUGUGAGGGAGAGAGAAAGAGAGCCAAGUAAAGGUGUAGAUAUUUGGGACCCCCAUAGCAACUAUUUAUAGACUCAUCCUAAGAGUUAGGGUUUUCUAGGGUUAGCCAUCUUUAUGGAGAAUAGAUCCAGACCAUUGAUCAUGGGAGACCAGUGGAGUGAGAGGUCUUAGCCUUACAAUCCUUUGAUCAACCAUCAUGAUUAAAAAGAAGGUGCUAGUACCUUAUCCUUAAACUUCCUUAACCUUAUCCCAUCGAAUAUGCAUAAUAUGGGAAAUAUAUUUCUCUUUUUAUUAAUUUUCCAUAUUGGCUCUUACACAUGCUCUUUUGAAAAUUUAAAUCUCUUUAAUUGCACAAACUUUCCUUUUCAAAUCAAAUUGAUUGAGUGGCUAAUUUUGGUGUACCACAAAAUAUGAAAGAAUAUCGAUGUAUGGGGCGUGCCUCUCAUGAGGUGCCAAGUGGGUCCUACAUACCGCCCACAUGCAAUUAUUCUAGUGGGGCAGAUGGAGUAUAAUGUGCCCCCAUGUAUAUUAUUGAUUUUAAAAUAACGAAAAUGAUUUUUAGAAAAUGAUUGCUAUUUUUUUUUAUAUUAUUGAUUUUAAAAUAUGGGGCUUAUCUCUCGCACAUGUACAUGUAUCACCGUCAAUGAUGAUUUGCUUCUCGAUAUGGCUAUUAUGUGUACUUGUUGUGUGAUGGUAUAAGAUGAUGCUUUGGCUCUCGUCCCUAUAGGCCUACAAAUCACAAAGGGUCAUAUAAUCCCUUGGCUCUCUACCUUGGGCAACUCUGACUUUAUCAAGGGAUAACCUUGCUAACCCUCAUCGGUUGUGCUCUAUGCCCAGGUAUUUAGGGUUUUAGUAUUCGACUGACCUAGCUUGUCAAGGCUAGUUUGAGUCUCGACAAAACAAUAUUGCCAUCUUUGGUCUCUCUGGACCAUACUCCCACUUGAGUUUAUUGUUCUACUAUAGUAAAUUUGGUUAAAUGCUCUCAUAAGGCCUUUAUACGACCAAUGACUGAUGCAAUAGUGUAUGCCCAAUGGCCUUGAUUGAAUUUGGGUUGAUUUGACGAUCACGAUGUAAUUUUAUAUUUGAAUUUUAAUCUUUUUUCUAAAAUU